AUACUACGAAAUUGUUCUCUUCAUCAUCCUCUUCUUUCACGUUUUCCCCUUGUUAUAUAUAUUCUUUUUUCCAGAAUUUAAGAUCCUUUCUAUGCACAAAAGAAACUAUAUUAUAAAAAAAAAUUAUAAAUUUGAAUCCCUUCAUAUUAUUAAACCCCUUUGAAUCAUUUAUCUCAUAGGUAUUUUGAAGAACCCAAGUUUUUCUUUUUGGUAAAUUUAGCUUUUGGGUAUCUCCCAUUUUGAGUUGAGCAAAAAAAAAAUAGUAUUUGAAGAAAAGAUGUUGGGAGAACUCAUCACCAGCAGUUUAGUAUUGGUUCUUGGAUAUGCAUAUCCUGCUUUUGAAUGUUAUAAGACUGUUGAGAAUAGCAGAGUUGAAAUUGAAGAACUCAGAUUUUGGUGCCAAUAUUGGAUUAUUGUGGCAUUGUUGAGAAUAUUUGAGAGCUUUGGUGAUGUAUUCAUGACAUGGCUACCAAUGUACAGUGAAGCAAAAUUGGCACUUAUAAUAUACUUAUGGUAUCCAAAAACAAAGGGAACAAGAUACAUAUAUGAUACAUUAUUGAAACCAUAUGUAUCAAGGCAUGAACCAGAUAUUGACAGGGGUUUUCUAGAGUUCAGAACAAGGGCAUUUGACUUGGCUAUUUAUUACUGGCAAAAUUGCACUGAAUUGGGACAAGCUAAGUUCUUUCAAUUGCUUGAUUUUGCUUCUCCAUCUAGAAGAGAUUCACAUCUUAUCUCUGAGCAAAGAAAUGGUACUGACCAUUCUCGCCGAUCGCCACCACCUUCGGCCCCACCAUCACCAUCAUCGUCAUCGUCAUUCGGGUUCUUUCGGAGAAGUAAGCCAUCAUCCGAUCGGAGGCAACCACCACCACCAUCACCACGAUCAGAUAGAAGGCAACCACAAUCUCCGCGGUCUUACUCCUCUCACCGGUCCAUAUACUAAACCUAGCCGACCCGAGUACACCUGAAGGAUCGAACUCGAUACCUAGACCCAGAGGAUUAUCUCGAACCCGGUUCGGAUCCCAAUAUGGAUUCUAAUAUAGACGCUCUAGUAACAAUACAUUUGUACAUUGUAAUUUGUAUAUAAUCAAAAAUGAACGACGACAAAAAAAAAAUCACAAGUAUUUUUUUAUUGAAUUUUUUUCCUUUUUCUUAUGGUUUAUACAUAUAGAAAAAUGAAAUUCGUUCGUUGUA